AUGGUCUGGCCCACAGUCACCACUGCACUCGAUUACGACUGUGAGGUACAAGAACAACAGGACAUACCGCAGGCCAUACAACUGCUGGGCGAAAUGAACAGUAAUGUCAAACAAGUAACAGACCUUGUCGAGGGCAUGUUGCAACGUGUUAAACGCGGCGAAUUGACCACAGAAUAUGGUUUAAGUUUUUUGGAAGUUAAAUAUCACAUGCUGCUCGACUACCUUAUCAAUUUGACCUAUGUGGUAUUGCGUAAAUGUUCCGGCGAAACAAUUGAAGGUGAUCCAUCAAUAGAACGUUUAAUAGAAAUACGUACAGUGCUGGAAAAAAUACGACCAAUCGAUUAUAAAUUGCGCUAUCAAAUAGAUAAAUUGGUAAAGACCGCUACAACGGGUGUUUCAUCAGCCUCGGAUCCUAUAUUAUAUAAGCCCAAUCCUGAAAAUAUGUUAACUAAUGAUAAUGAUGAAGAUGAAGAGGAUUCGGAGGAAGAAUCCGAAGAAGAAGAGGAUGAAGAUGAUGAGGAAAAGGGUGUUAAACCCAAAAAGGCUGCCACAGCAGGUAAACCGGGUAUUUAUGUGCCGCCCAAGAUUAAGCCGGUCUACUAUGAUGGCGAUGACAAGGCAGAGGAUAAGGAGAAAAUUAUUGAAAGAGCCAAAAAACGUGCCAUAACUUCGUCCAUGUUGCAAGAUUUGAAAGAAGAAUAUUUAGACGCUCCCACAGAAAUCUCUUCAGGCUCUAGGGCCCAACAAAUAUUGUCCAAGGCCCAAAAGGAAAAACAGGAAUAUGAAGAAACCUACCUAACACGUCUACCCGUAACCAAAGCGGAAAAACAUCGUCAACGUAAACUCACUACUUUGGGCACUUUGGGCGAUGAAAUUUUGGGUGAAAUUAAUCGUGAUGCCUCACUACGCGGUGACUCUUUAGGUAGCUCGAGCAAAAAACGCAAAGCUAAGGGUGGUAAGGGCAAAAAGAAAGGUAGUAAAAAACGUAAAUUCCAUUAAACUCUUUGACUUUCUUUUUGUUCCCUUUCUUUGCAAAAAUACACCUAAAACUAAAUUCAUAAGAAUUUUUUAAGGUUUAAUUCAUUAAAAAAAAAGAAUUUUAAAAUUUAACAAAAAAAAUUAUAUAAAAUAAAGAAAAAAACCAUAAUGAUACAAUUUUAAGACAACCAACAAAUAGCAGCAUAAUUCAGUAAAUAUUUCAGCAAAUUUUUAUUUUAAAUUAAGAAAAACAAAAAAAAAAAAAAAAAAGAAACGUUCUGUAUAAACAGUUUAAAAAUGUUAGGAUUUUCAAAAGGGCAGUAAAAAAG